AUGGGAAUACGAAGGUCCAAGCAUAUCAUCUUUAUGCACUUUGCUUGUGUCUGUGAUACAUUUAAGACAGUGUUAGUUUUUCUUCCAUUUGCAAUGUAUCUGACUCAGGAUCUCAGAGCACCUCCCAUUCUCCCAAAUAUACCUUACCUCUGGGUCUGGAAUGCCCCAACUGAAUAUUGUACUAAAAACCAUAAUGUGACAGUAGAUACGAGCUACUUCUCUUUGGUAGGAAGCCCCCAGAUACAUGUCAAAGGACAAAGUAUUAGAAUAUUUUAUUCUGAUAGACUUGGAAAUUAUCCUCAUAUAAGUAAAAACAAGAUUUGGCAUGGAGGAAUUCCCCAGAGUGGAGACAUACAAAAGCAUUUGGAAAAAGCUAAGACUGACAUUUACCUUUACCUUCCGGUAGAUGAUGUAGGUUUGGCUGUCAUUGACUGGCAAGAGUGGAGACCUCUCUGGUCAAGAAACUGGGAUAUUAAAAAUAUUUACAGACAGAUGUCUAUUCAGUUAGUUCAGAACCAAACUUCAGGUCUUAAUGCAAGAACCAUCAAUAAUACAGCCAAAAUGAAUUUUGAAACAGCAGGAAAGAAUUUCAUGGUAGAAACUAUAAAACUGGGGAAAAGGCUUAGGCCAAAACGCUAUUGGGGAUUUUAUCUUUUUCCUGAUUGCUACAACUAUCAUUAUACUAAACCCAAUUAUACUGGACAUUGCUUCGACAUAGAAAAAAAAAGAAAUGAUGAACUCAACUGGUUAUGGAGUGAAAGCACAGCCCUUUACCCAUCCAUUUAUUUGAGCUCCAAGAUAAAAUCUUCUCCACUAGCCACUCUUUUUGUCAGAAAUCGUAUUCAGGAAGCCAUUCGAGUUUCUAAAGUGCGUGAUGUUAAUGACCCAUUACCUGUUUUUAUAUAUUCCCGUCCAAUUUAUACUGACUCACCUGCGCAAUACCUUUCUCAGAUGGAUCUUGUGAGUACACUUGGUGAAAGUGUUGCUCUUGGUGCCUCUGGAAGUAUAUUGUGGGGAAGCCUCAAUUUUAGCCAAAGUAAGCAAUCUUGCAUGGACCUGGACAAUUAUAUGAAGACUACACUUAUACCAUACAUGAUCAAUGUUACCCUAGCAGCCAAAAUGUGUAGCCAAGUGCUUUGCUACAGUCAAGGACUAUGUGUAAGGAAAAACUGGGAUGCAGAUCAUUACCUUCACUUGAGCUCAGAUCGUUUUUACAUUGAAUAUGGGCACUGUGAACGAUACUCUGUAAGUGGGGAACCCAGAUUUGUAGAUCUGAAAUACUUCUAUGAAAAGUUCAGUUGUAGCUGUUUUGCUAAUGUCACUUGUCAUACAAGAAAAGAUAUCAAUGAUAUUGAUCAUAUUAACGUAUGUGUUGGUGACAAUGUUUGUAUAAGUUCCACUCAAAUAAAUAGAGCUAAAAAGAUUUCUAGACGGAAAGGGAGACUUUAUAAGAAUCUCAAGAAUGUUUUGUCUUCCAUGCCACCUGGCUUAAUAUCUCCAUGUGUUCCUGGAAAAGACGUCAGAACCCCCCAGGAAAAUGCCAGAGGACAAAGUAUUAGAAUAUUUUAUUCUGAUAAACUUGGCUAUUAUCCUUAUGUAAAUAGUAAAAACAAAGUUGAAAAUGGAAGAAUUCCACAGAGUGGAUACUUAGAAGAUCAUCUGAACAAAAUUGAAGAUGAUCUUGCCCUUUAUCUUCCAGUGGAAGAUGUGGGAUUGGUUGUCAUUGACUGGCAAGAAUGUAGACCUCUCUGGGCAAGAAACUGGGAUUCUAAAGAAAUUUACAGACAAAUGUCUAUUCAGUUGGUUCAGAAACAAACUCCAGGUCUUGAUGCAAGAACCAUCAAUAAUAAUACAGCCAAAAUGAAUUUUGAAACAGCAUGA